AUGGGGUUCAACCAUUCAAAUAUGUCAUCCCAAACUGUGGAAACUCGUCUCCAUUCGUUACCCAAAUUUCUCCGGUCCGAGCCUUCACCCAAAAUUCAAGACUCGGCGUUUCCACCUUUUAAAAUAGAGCAUCGGUAUCGUGGGGUGUAUGAGCGUGCCGGCUUUGAUGUGAAUCUUGGAUCAAACGAAGCAAAACAUCCACAACAAAGACAUAAUCCGUCACCUCCCUAUUCAUCUGCAUCUUCUAUGGGCAAACAAGUCCAUAAUAAUGGCACCCAUCAUCGCCAGCGUCUGCAACAGCUGAUGCACUCUUACCAGUCUCGACUGCAACGUCUGUUGCCUAGCGAAAACGGUUACGAUGGUUCCUCGCAUGUACAAACCAGACUCUACGGAAGCUCUGGAGAUUUGCCUGAAGGCUAUUCUACGCAUCUGCCUACAAAAUCCGUGGCGCUGGUGAACCUGGCACCGCUGAUGAGGCUGCAACAGAGCCAAAUGAGUCGCCAGUAUGCCUAUCAACCACAAACUCAACACCAAAACGAACAAAUUGCCAAGAACUCUGGAAUGCAGCCGCAGCCCAACUCUGAACCAAGUCAAGAGCCACAAGCUAACCAUCUGGAAGGUGAAAGAGUCGUAUACGAGCAGUAUGAUCCACGCAAACAAGCUCGUGCCUUGCGCAACAACUCAACUACAAAGUUGGCAGAAUAUGAUAGACAACCCUCCUCAGCAACCUCGUCAACAUUUCAUCAACCAGUGCCAAGAAUAGAAGAAACCUUAGAAAUGCAAAAUGCUAACAAAUCAGUCGAUUCGGUGCUGUCAACUUCCGCCGUGGUAGGAGCCAUCGGGGACCGUGCGGCUCCUCCAAUGCCGUAUCCCACCGCUCCAUAUCCUUACGAGAAUGAUUCGGGCCAUUCCACCUAUGUCUUUUCAGAACCAGAACCAAAUCAUACUUCUCUGUCAACUGCAUAUUCAACAAACCUGAAACUACAACAGUAA